CGCGGGGCGGGGCGGGGCGGGCGGCGGUGCCCUUGGCCGGGCGGGCGCCGGGUCGGGAGCGUUGGGCGCGUCACGCCGGCCGGUGUAUGUGCGGCAAUAACAUGUCGGCGCCGCUGCCCGCCAUCGUGCCGGCCGCCCGGAAGGCCACGGCCGCGGUGAUUUUCCUGCACGGACUCGGAGACACCGGGCAUGGAUGGGCAGAAGCCUUUGCUGGCAUCCGAAGUCCCCACAUCAAAUAUAUCUGCCCACAUGCGCCCGUUAUGCCGGUGACCUUGAAUAUGAACAUGGCGAUGCCUUCUUGGUUUGACAUCAUUGGACUCUCACCCGAUUCACAAGAGGACGAGCAUGGGAUCAAGCAGGCAGCGGAGAGUGUGAAGGCGCUGAUCGACCAGGAGGUGAAGAACGGCAUCCCUUCCAACAGGAUCGUCCUGGGAGGAUUUUCUCAGGGCGGGGCGCUGUCCCUCUACACGGCGCUGACCACGCACCAGAAGCUGGCGGGGGUGACGGCCCUGAGCUGCUGGCUCCCGAUGCGGGCGUCCUUCCCAGAGGGCCCCAUCAGCGGUGUUAAUCGAGAUAUUUCGAUUCUCCAGUGCCACGGAGAUAGCGACCCCUUAGUCCCCCUGAUGUUCGGCACUCUGACCGUGGAGAAGCUGAAGACGUUGGUAAAUCCAGACAACGUGACCUUCAAAGCGUAUGAAGGCAUGAUGCAUAGUUCUUGUCACCAGGAAAUGAUGGACGUCAAGCAGUUCAUCGAUAAGCUCCUACCUCCUGUGGACUGACUUCACGAAGAGGCCUUGUGUGGAAGUGCACCAGCAUCGACGCCAACCGGACCCGGCCCUCACUCCCCACCCCACCCCGAGACUCGUCCUCUCUGCAGUGUUAAAACGUUGGGCAGAUACACAAUACGAAUGACGUAGCCUAAAUGAUACCUCCCGUGGGAAAUGCGUGACCUCUUGAGUUUCUCUCCAAGCACAGGUAGGGCCCCUCCACGGACAGGUGUAGGCCGGAGCCCAGAAAUACCUGCUAGUAUUUCGAAGAACCGGAGCUGCUCGCUCCCCUUCCCCAGCUGUAACUCGGCCCAGUAAUAAAGCGCCUGCAAUCCAGAUGUCGUAGUAGGUGGUUUGUCAGCGCUGAGCUGAGUGAGAACUUGCCGGGGUCCGAGCGAGCAGUUGCGAUAGGGACCGUUUCCUCUCGCUGCGACUCACUCUCCGGGUCUCGCCCCAGAUCCCUCCCUCGGUCACUCUGCAAUAUCUCUAUUUUUCUACGUGUCUCCCCGUGUACUUGGUGAUUGUGACAUGAUAAGGGUGCGGUGGCAUUCCGUGACCCCUCGUGGCAGUCAGCGGGAACCGUGCUCUCUUGCAGUCAUGUUUGGGGGGCCUUCUGGGUGUCCCCCCCGCCCCCAAGGUCACUUCUAUCUCACCUGGUGGUGUUGUUCUCCGGAACAGUAUUCCUUUGUUUUUUACCAGUUGUAACAGACCAAAUAUUGCCUCCUUGCCGUCGACGCCCGCUGUCGGUCAGUACAUGUUGUGACUUGGAUUUACCAGACCUGAUGGUGUUUAAGAUCUGCCUAGAGUCAAAGGAACCAGGCGUCAAACCUCUUCGCUACUUGAGACUUCCUGUACUGCUUCUUCCUUAAGUUCAGAGUUAUUCCCUAGAGCAAGUUUGAGAGGGAGAGUUUUUCGUUCCAGGUAACAAGGAAUACCUGCGGUUGUAUUUUUUGUUUGUUUUUGUUUUUGUCAGCUGAAGGAGUAAUUAGGUCACGAUCAACUCUGCUCUGGACUCUCUUAGUUCUUAAAAACUGCAAUUUCUAAGAUGCGCUCUCUUUGUACCAGAGCCAGUCUUAGCAAAUGCACUCUGUACGUAAGUUUGGAAUCAACUGCUGUAGACAAUGAACACUGUUAGAAAACCCUGCUUGACUUUUAUCUGAUAAUGGGCUGAUUUGAAAUGUUCGGGGUGUUUUUUUUUCUCCAGGGGUCUUCCCUGGCAGGGAUCUGCUAGGGGACUGCUUCUGCCCCAGUGCUCGCCUGGGGCCUGUGAGUGCCGGGGAUCGAACCCAGGCCUCUGCACACAAAGCCCGUGCUCGGCCCUUGGAGAGCCCUCACCGGCCCUUGAAAUGUUCACUUCCGCUGUGACUCAAUAAUUCUUUUGUGCAAACAAAUAGAGCAGUACUUACUGUUUUAAAGAGUUGAAGAUGUCCAAUCACUGGUAAAAUCGUUUACAGUCAAACUCAUGGGUAAUUCCAUCAAACUCAGCAUGUCUGACUUAGUUGCCGGGCUGUUAAACACGUCGGCAGGAAUGGAAGGUCGGUAUCUCUGAACUGCUAGCUUCUCUGCUGUAUUCCACCCGGCUUAAACCAUGUUCGGGAUGCAUCUUUCUAAACGGGCGCGAAGUAAUCAUGGGGAUCACUGAGUGGUGGCGUGCGUGGGAUUCUGAUAAUUAAGCCAUAUGUUUUAUGUCUGGAUUUUCGGUCUCUGAACAAUCAUUCUCCACUGAGUCCUUUCGCUUUCCCUAGAAGAUCAGAAACUGGUUUCCGUUCAACCAAUCAGCAAUAUCUAAUUUAUGGCAAGAAAAUAUUCCGUUGAAAUGUGCUAGCGUGUAGAAAAAUGUUUUUUCAUGGUUUCUAUCAAUGUGAAAUAAAGUUUAGUUCUGAUUUUUCUGUG